AUGACCACCGGUCGAAUGCGACGGCUCUUCUCCUCAUCUACGCGCGCAAAUCUCCAAACCCCCGCCGGACCAUCCACCUCGCUGACCGCACCGCGGCUGCUCGGCCUCAGGCAGUACCAACGAACCAUCACCGACGUCCGCGCCCGCCAGGCCUCGGUGUCACGAACAUGGUUCACGGCGUCGGCGACCUCGCUGCAUCCGGCGGAAAGCGGCGGUGACGGCCCGCCGAACGAGCGCAACGUCAAACUCGGAAACACGAUACGCAUACUCCACGAGCGACUUCCUACACUUUUGGUCUCGCCGCUUCCACAAGAUAUUCUUGCGCCCAAUAUCAGCCUCCACCUGUUCCCGUCCUCACAUCCACACCUUCCGACCGUGAGCGGGAAGAUUGCAUAUACUGCUGCGUUAUGGACUGCGCCCAUGGCAUGGGGUCGCGUACCCGUAGUGGGCAACGUCAAGCUCAAGAUAAUAUCCGAGCGCAUGAUCAAGAGCGGCUGCACCACCACUUCGACAGCGGCACAGAACGAAAGGCUGAUUGUGAAGUGGGAAACGUGCAAGUCAGAGAAAGAGCAUGGGCCAGUCAGCGAAGCAGUCGAGAAGAUCACGAGCAUCAUCAAUCGCCCGCACAAGGAGGAGGACAAGUUCUCUGGUCUUUUCCUGUUUGAAUUCGACGAGCAGGGCAGGGUUGCGAAGCACACCAUCGAGCAUGUGGAGGAGAACGGCCAGUGGGACAAGACGGCCAAGGUCAUUUCCGUCACCGACUGGCUGCUCGGGCGUGCGUGGGGACGACGUGAGGAAGCGGUGCCAAGCCUGGCGUACGUGAAGAGCACGAAGCCACAGCAGACGCACCGACACAAUGGCUGCCGGUGA